AUGCCCGACCCGCAACAAAUGGCGGGAAGUGGGCUUUCGUGCAAGGGAUCCUGGGGCUCCCUUGACGAUUUGCGCCCCUCUGAUAUCAGAAACUACCUCUCGAUACUCGACACACUCAAAUCAAAUGGUGUCUACGAAGAAUACAAAGCGCCGCGGAUCGUGAUACUGGGCUCGCCGUCGUCAGGCAAGACGGCCGUGCUGCGAGAACUCACGCAUGGCCUGUGCGACCUUCGCGACGGCAGCGGAUUUGACCGCGAGGGGAAGCACGUCACGACCCGAUUCGCGACCAAGUACGUGCUGAGCCGAUCCCGCGAAGAGUCCACGACGGUCAGCCUCUGUGGCUCUCCGCCAUUCUGGGCCCAGUGUGGGCGCCAUGAUAAAUGGCCGAGGCCUAAGAGGGUGGAUGACAUAGAGCAGCUCGAUGAAGCCAUUCUCAGUGCCAAGCGGCUGCUGCAAGAGGACAACUCGGCCAGUCAUAACCCCUCAGAUGCUGAAACGUCGGCGAGUGUGCACGAGUUGUGCAUCGAUAUCGCCGGUCCGAACCUCACUCCCCUAACCCUGGUCGACUUCCCGAGCAUACUCGAGAACCAUCAGCAAGAAGGCCUGGCGCCCCGAAACUCGCCCUUGGUCGACACCGUCGACUACAUGAUUAAGACUUACUUAACGGCCCCGGAGAGCAUGCUCCUAGCUGUUGUCUCGGCCGACGAGCCGCUUUCGCUGCAGGCUGAGUUUGUGCUGAGCCAGGAGCGUCGCUACGACGAAGAAGAACACCGCACCAUUGGUGUGGUCGCGAAACCCGGCGGGGCACCGGCCUCGGCAUCCGACAAUAAUGAGUUUCUGGAUCUUGUUUGUGGAAACGGAAAGCAUGAGAACGGGAAAUACCAGCUGAAUCACCCGUGGCACGUUCUACGAACCCACGCGCCCGGCGAGAAACCGGUAACCUCCGAGGAGUUGAGGUCACACUUCUUCCAGGAGAACCCAAGUUGGUGUAAAGUUCCCGGAGACCAGAAAGGCGUGCUUUCUUUACGAAAGCGGAUCAGGGCCGUGGGACAGAUCUAUCUCGACCAGCAGAUCGUUUCGCAGUUGUAUGCUUCGAUACAGAGGACUCACAGUCUUUGGAUGAGGAUUUUGCGAAUCCACCAGACACGCGUUGGUCUCUUGGAGCAGGGGAGCCAGGAAUCCCGGAGAGAGGCCCUGCUGGGUGUGGCCAAAACGUUCAAGCAGCUGGUGCAGGAUGGGAUCAGCAACGGGAAAAAUUCAAGUCAGUUUGUCGACAUGGAGAAAGCGUCAAACCCAGGGCACGCCUUAUGGGAGGCGUUGCGCCUCGCUCAGGAGGAUUUCAAAAAGGACCUCAAGGAAAGGGGGCAUGGGUUCGUGGUGCUAGACGACCAGGACAGAGCGUCGAGGACAGCGCCAAACCCCGCUUUCUCGAUUCUGAGUGCCCCCCGGUCCGACCUUCCAGAGCGCCUGACCAAGGCCGAGCUAGUCCAGUCGUGCCUGGAAGAGCGGCUCGUGAGCUUCCCGAGUAAUCCCUGCUCGGUGCUGGCGAGCGUGUUGAUGCGAAGGCUGACCCAACGGUGGGAAUCGUCGGCAUCGCGUUAUAUCGAGGUGGUGGCGCGGAACGUGCAGCCAUUUAUCCAAAUCACGUUAUGGCAAAGCUGUAUCCAGGAAAACUGGAGCGGACAGGAGAAGGACCAUGCUAAGAAGAGAGUCGCUCACGUAAGCCCUACCUACAAGGCGCUCAUGGACCGCUUCGUCAAACCAUUCCUUGACGCCAGAAAGGACAUGGUCUACAAGCAGCUGGUUACGCAGGUGCGCCAGUAUGAAGACGGGGGGCCGUUUGUGGACGGCCUGGGUGUUUUGGGGCUCGUCUGGCUCGACAUGUUUGGGGGUAUUUUGGACACGGUUUUGUCACAGUAUGCCAUAUUGAGAGACUACUUUGCCGACGCCAUUAUCGGUCAAGCGGAGCUCUAUCUAGUCUGCAGUCUCCCUGGAAUCAUGCCCGAGGAUGAAAUAAGCAGCCUGCCGCUCGAAGAGGUGGAUAGGAUCGCUCCCUUAGAUGAGAGACUCCAAAGCUUGGAGAGCCAGGUCCAGCUAUUGAGCCAAGAGCUUCUGAAGUUCCCGCAGGAUUUGGUUCGAGACCCUCUGCCCGAGGGAAUACACAAGGCGGAUGAUGAGAACAAGAGAAAAAGACAGGACACCCAGCCUGAGAGUAACGAAGUGACUCCAUCAGCCUCGAUCUUAGCAGCUAAAACGAAGGAACAACCACCUCAUGACCGCCCCGCUAAACGUGUGAAGAUCCUCCUCACCCGAUCCGGCGACCUCCUCCGUACUUCCGGCCAACGCGGGAGUUCCUCCUUUAUCCGAUCGCAAGCCCCAUCCCCGAGUGACGGACCCUCACCCACCGAGCCCUCGCAGACUGCCGGGGCUACAACAGCUCCAGGGACCGACGAAGAGCCAACCAUGCCGGCCACGCCGCGGAUCCCUCGACUUCCCACGCCGACGGGGACACCCCCCAAGCCGCUCUUGCAACACCCCAAGAGCUUGUUUUCUACUCGUCCUACGGAGGGUCUCUCUGAUACUGAUACCGCAGCACAUCGCAUGAUAUAUGGCUUUGGAGAAGGCGAGUACCUGCCCGACGACGCCGAGAAACCUAUCCACGAGCAGUAUCCUGAUUGGCCGCCAAAGUUCCUCAACAACCGCAGACUACAUCCCAUCACCAAAAAUAUCACACAAUUCGAAUACAAUAUUUGGCGAGCGAUUAAAAAGCUAGAGGCUAAAAAGCGAGGGGCUAAAAAGCCAAGGGCGAUUUCGAUCGGUGGAGGAGGUGAUUGA